AAAAGUACGCGAUCAUUCAAGUGUGUUUACUUUUGUGUGCAUAGCUGAAGUAAAGGAAAAAAAUGAGCUUUUUCGAUUGUUUUUAUUAUUUAGUCUCGUUUUGCGUGCCGAUCAGAUCAUACCGAAAGAGCGAAAUAAUUUUCAGUAAUUUUUGUGUGCUUUAAAAAAUUAUAAUAAUAUUAAAACUACUGUUAAACUAUUCAAGUGAUGUUAAAUGUAAAUUAAGAAAUUAUUGGAACAUAAAUUGAACUCUUUAUUGAGCUUACUGAAAGUAGUUUUUGGAUAAUCAUCGUUAAUAAUUUUGUAUUUAUAACAAACAAAAAAAGAAUCACAGAUGAAAUGAAUUGGAAUAAAUUCAAAUUGAGGAUAAUGCCGAUUGUACUGCUGGCCAUUUGCUGUUUAUUUGGAUUUAUCGACAGCAUUCAGGCACAGCAUGUUCUUGUGCAGUCAGCCCAACAGCAGCCAUUUGUGCAACCCAAUAUUGAGUAUGGUGCAUGGAAUCCCGUUGUUGAUCAUGUAGAUUAUUUACCCGAAACAAAGAUUAAUAGAGCCAGAUCGAUUCCAUCAUCGCCUCAUGAGAGACAAUUCGUACCUAAAAGUCAAAUUAAAAAUAGAAAUCGUGGUGAUGCUGUAAAAAGUCAGAAUCGAAGAAAUUUUGAGGCUGCAGCACCACAAGAUCAAAAUAUUGAGAAAAAGCCUAAUGUGUCUACAUUGCGUCCGGCGUAUAAGCGACGAACAUACUCGACAUCUACAACCAUUUCAACACCGCCAGCUACAAUAAAAUUUGAAAGCAGUACAGGCAGUCAAUUUAAAAAUCACCUUAAAAAUACUUCCGAUGUUGUAACAGCAAAACCAAGACGUCCAUUUACACUACGAACAACUUCCGAAAAUGUUCUCGUAACAGCAUCUGAAUUUCCAUCAUCCACAAGAGCAUCUCCCGGAAAGAAAAUUAUCGUAACAACAUCUGAAGCGCCAUCAUCCACAAGAGCAUCCCCAGUUAAGAAAGUUCCACCAUCACGUGGAAAUUUCCGUCCAAAAUCAUCCAGUAAAGAGGCUGGUGAUACUAAAGAUGAUGGAGACAAUUAUCCAGAACAUUUUAAGCAAUUGCUAAAAAGCAAAGAAGUAUUUACAGAAGGAAAUGACAAAAAUGUCAUUAAGAAGCCAAUUAAGCCAUUCCGUCCGACAUCAACAUCAGAAAAACCCAUAAGACCUGUAACAAGUGCCAAUAAGCCAAAAAGCAAUGUUCUAUUUCCAACACGACAAAACAGGUUCCUUCCAAAAGCACAAUCAAUAACAGCAACAACAACAGAAGCACCUUCGUCAUCAUCACAAAGUGUAACAGUUGUUCCAAAACGACCUUUAAGAACUCGAACACGUCCAACAGAGCGAACAAGAGCAAAUAUUGGCAGCACAUUACAGGAACCUCCCACCAUAAAGAAAUCUACGCCAAUUUAUGCAACACGAUCACCAGUCGCGCAAGAGUCAGAAGCUUACGAAGAUAGGAUUAUAACACAAGCUGAUGGACUAAAGCAAAUUGAUCCACCAAUAAGUGAAUAUAUUCCACGAACGAACGCAAUUGGUUCUUCAUCAUCGGCUUUAAAAUUUUCGUCUCGAUUCCGUAAUUCUGAAAAUUUGUCGAAAAAUGGCAGGGAACCAAGCUACCAAGCAACAGUUCCAACAAUAACAUCAACAUCACAGCUUGAUCUUAACGAUAUUGAUCUUGAUCGGUGGAGAGAAAUUUUGCCAUUAGCUGCUGAAUUAAUUCAAAAUGAUGCUGAAAUUAUGACUCAGUCGCCGUCACAAACGGUUUCUAUUUACGAAGCAUUGGCUGAAAUUCUUUCGAAACCAACAGAAAGUUUAAGUUUUUUGAAUAAUAAAAGCACUGAAAGCACGCUUAUUUCUGAGGCACCGUUUUCUAGCACAACAACCCCAACAACUUCAACAACAUCUACAACAACAACAUCGACAACUACAACAUCUACAACAACGCAACAACCAACAACAUCUACAGCGGCUUUUGAAUCGUCAAAGGUAGAGAAAAAUUCCACAAAACAUGAUCAAGUUGAUGAUGAUAAAAUAAUUAGUGAAUUAGUUACAAUUACAACAAUUAGUGUAAAUAAUACUGAAGAUACAGCAACUAAUGUCCAAACCACAUCCUCUAUCCCCUCCCUACCUCAUAACAUAAGCAUUAAUAUUAAUUAUACGACAGAAAUUCCGACUUUUGUUGACACAGCCACAAAUAUUAGUUUCACUCAGGAACUUCCAAUCAAUGACACAAUACAAGUAACAGACACUAAUGAUAUUUUUGAGUUUUCAACCUCACAUGAGUUUUUGACUAAUAAUUUAACUACUAAAAAUAAUGAGACAAAUGGAAAAGUCAAUGAAACUAAUAUUACUGACCAAAUUGCAUAUCCAUCAACGAAUAUACCGAGAUAUAGGUUUAUGUUUGUUAAUUCUACUCAGACUCCGUUGGUGGCUACAACUGUUAAGUCUAAAGUUGACAAUUUCUUACCGAGACUUGACUUGAUGACGAGAAAAAUUGAAAGGAAUGAGACGGAGAAGGAAUCUUUCAUUACUUCUGUUUUUCCUGUUUAUAGACCGGUUUUCAGGACUCAGAGCUCUACUGAGCCUAUGAAACCUUUUACUAAAAGUCCUAGUCAAACGACUGAAGCUCCUGUAAGUUCUAGUUCCACUGAAGAAAUUAAAAAAUCUAGUCAUAGUAUCGGAACUUUCACAAAAGUUGAACUUCAAUCGAGUUCAACUGAGACUCCAAUAAAAAUCAUAAAAAGUACUAAACCAUUUACCAUAUAUGUUGAUUCUACUAAAUAUCGAAUGCCUUCUGGUUCUACUGAGAGUUCAAAAGGAAGUGAAAAAACCUUUAAACCUGUUGAAUCAACAGAACUUUUAAAAACAUCUACGGAAAGCAUCCCUAAAGUCAGUCAAACUUCAAAAGCCUUCACAAAAUCUGUAUUUCUAGAUUCUACUCAAGAUCCAGUAACGUCUAGUUCUACUAUAAAGAUUACUAGACCAGUUGACAGACUUAAAUCUUCUUCCGAAGCUGACAAACUCAAAUCUUCAACUGAAGCGACAAGAUUCCCAACAACAUCUACUCCAAACUUAAGAAAAACUAGCUCUAGAUUUAAAAGUUCAUUGCGAACAACUAUGCCUCCUUCGUACUCUGAAAAGCUAGCCAAAAUUAGCUUAAAAUCUAAAGAUUCAAUAGAUUCUACAUUAAAAUUAGAAGAAACAACUACAAAUUUUGAAAUUGAUAAUCCAACAAUUUCAGAUGUUGAUUCUGAAGAUUCCACGACAUCCACCUUCCUUCAAACUCCCAGCAAGUCAAGUUCCAGUAACGAAAGUUCAACAAAACCUCAGGAAAGUUUACUUAAACUUAAAAUCAACCCAGAAAUUUCCCCAAAACCUUUUUCAAAACCAAAAGCUACAUCCACAGAAAAGACUAAUGUAAAAAUGACUACCCAGACACCAAAAAUGACUUUGAGUAGAAUGAGAAACUUUACUAUGACGAAAGCUUAUCCUAUUAACCCAAUUCCAACUGAACCUAGUCAUGUUAUCCCUUCCAAAAUUCAAAAUCCUUUAAAUAUUUCAUUAAGUGAAAUAAUUCAAUUUAAUAAGUAUCUAUCGACUCCCAAUGAUAAUUCAAAUGAACGUGAGACCUACGCGAUCUUAUCAAACAAUACAGUCGUACGAAAAACAGUAAAUGAGCCGAAAGUCGUUACUAAUCAGCAUAUAGUUUACGGUAUUUUACCAAAUGGUACAAUAGUACGAAAGUAUAGGAAUGGAACAAUGAUUCGUGAUGAUGCUUCAAUUGAACUUACUAAUAUUGAUCCUAAGAGCCUAAUAAAUUCAAGCAACGAUAAUUAUAAGCCGCAGAAUAACAUGAGAUCUACUACCACAUUGAACUUACCAAAAACCACUACUGAAAUGACUACUAAAAUGGAUAACUCAAGCUUAAUACUUGACUUGUUACAAAAAUAUCAAAAUGAGACUGAUACACAGGUAAAAAGUCAAAAUAUCUUUAGUCUGGCAAAGAAAACUCAUAGUCACGAGUUGGACCAUAAUUCACAAAGUGAACAUGAGGAAAAUAAGAUAAAUUACAUUCUGCCUGAAACGGUGUUUACGACAGUCACUCCAUUACAAUUUGAAGAAAAACUAACAACUCAAUCGACUAUAGCUGCUGGCAAAGUCAGCGUACAUCCAAAUGGAAUUGAUUCAUCAACAAAUCCUACUUCGAGUACUGUUGAAUUGCCAAAAUCGACAAGAGAUUCCUUUGAAAAUGAAAUAUUUUUUGAUGAAAAUGAAGAGAGUGGCUUUAGGACAUCACCUUCUCCAAAAACAACAGUUCAAGUGACUCGAACAACUUCGUCUAUUUCAAGUAGUUCAACAAGCAUUCCAAAGACUUCUCAAUCAUCUACAACUUUAUUUUUUGAUGAUACUUCACCAAUUACUUUCCCAACAACCACGACUGAAAAUAUCGCUGAUAGAAAUUUAAAAGUUCUGCAAGAACUGCUUAAUACACGAAAAACUACAAAAGAAAUUCCUCAAACUACCGAAGUUCCACAAACAACAAACAUAAAUUUCGUUGACAGAAAUGUGAAAGCGUUACAGGAACUACUUGGAAAUACACGCAAAACGACAAUGGAAAUUUAUGAGACGACAGAAGUUCCACAAACUGUACCCACAACAACUGCUAAUUUUGUAGAAGAGAAUCAGAAGAUUUUACAGCAAUUGCUUGGAAAUACACGAAAAGCAGUACAACAAACAACGGACAUACAAACUACUACGAGUAAAAACUUUGUUGAUGAGAAUGUGAAAAUUCUUCAGCAACUGCUUGGAAAUACUAGAAAAACUUCCCAAAAGAAUUUACGGACAACGGAAAUGCCAACAUCUACAACCAAAAACUUUGUUGAUUCAAACUUUGAUAUUUUGCAGCAAUUACUUGGAAAUACACGAAAAUCCAAUCAAAUUUUAACUACAACGGAUAUACCAAAAACAACUACUAAAAAUUUUGUAGACACAAAUGUUAAUAUACUCCAACAGUUGCUUGGAAAUACACGAAAAACAACCCAACAAACUUAUUCGACCACGGAAGUUCCAUCAACCUUUUUCAUAUCAACAACGGAAAGUCCAAAAACUUUCGUUUCAACCACGGAACUUCCAAUUACAACAAAAACUCGCACAACUCAGCCAUCCACAACCAUAACAAGAAGAAAAGUUCCCACGCAACUUUCAACUCAAUCAACACGAAAUACAGAAGCUAUUUCAAGCACAACAUCAAUCAAGCAGACAGUUCAAACAACUGAUCAGUCAUCGACUCAAUCGGUUAGUGAUGCAAUAACAACUAGCACUAGUAUCGUUCCAAAAACAACUCAUAGAUUCACGCCGCUUCAAAUUCCAAAUGAUCCCCCAUCGACAAAGUUUAUUGAAACUACAACAACUCAGCAGCCAACUAGGAAAGCACCAUUUACGGACCAAGAUGAUUUAGACUUUUUGCGUCAAUUAUCAAAAUUUAUUAAUGGGGGAGCAACAACUGCCACAAUUCGACGACUUACAACAACAACCAGACGUCCAACAACUCAAUCUACAACCACAACAACUCAAUCUACGACUUCAACAACCCAAUCUACCACAAUUUCGACAACUCCGUCUACAACAACCUCAACAACGCCGAUUCCAACAACUUCUACAACUCAAUCUACAACAACUAGACCGCUUACAACAAUUCCAAAACUUACUUCCUCUAGAUUGCCAACAACGCAUUCUGAUGCUGAUGAUAUUUCAUUCCUGAUGAAUCUUCGCGACUAUGCAGGUAUUAUCAAUUUAACGACUGAACGGUCUGCAUUAGCACAGAAAAUUUUGGAGCUUGCACUUAAUCGAACAAGUAAAAGUGUUGUAGAUUCAAAGCAAUCGGCGAAUAAUCUAUUAGAAAGUAUGAAGCCUGCUCCAUUCACGACAACACAAUCGCCUGAACUUAUAAUGAGUAAAAUAGCGAAUGCUCAGAAAGAUAUAAACAUGAUGAGUGCUAUUAUAGAAGGAAAUAGUAAUGGAAGGGUCCAAACGAAGCUUAGUCCUGAAGAAAUUGAGAAGACUAAGAAAAUGCUUCAGAAAGAUGUAAAUCAAUAUAAUAAGGAUAUCCAAUUGCUAUCUUUACUAAUUGGAAGACCAUUAAAUGAUCGAGAUAUUGCUAAGCUUGCAGCCACUAAUUUGGGGAAACCAAAUGUCAAAGUCCCAGCUUUUACUCCACUUCCAGCGUCUACAACUACAACUUUAGGAACUACAAGCACUACACAAUCUUCUUCAUCUACAAACUCGAUUCCAGCAUUCAAGCAUUUGUCUGAUUCAGAAUCUCAAUUUUUACAAGCUUUACAGCAAAUUCAAACAACUAGAUCACAAAGUACUACAAGUACAUCUACGACUACAACAAGCACAUCAUCUCCCCGUCCAAUAACUUCAAUUCCAAGAAAUCUUCAAUCUCGUCCUAGAUCACAAGAAGCUUUAAUUGCCGAUUUAUUGAAACAACAAGGCAUUGGACCUGCGAAUAUUAAUCAAAUCCCAAUCGAUAAAUUAAUUGAGCAGCUAUCAAAUGAUAAUAGACUGAAUCGUGGCAUACUUUUAACGCCAGUACCUACAACAACUAUACGACCAUUCUCUCCGAUGCCGCCACUCAACAGACAGCCUCGACCUAUUUUAGAUGGUUUAUCUUGGCUUUGGAGGACAUGGCAAGAAACGGCGCCUGGAUAUCAAACAGCUCCUGUAAGGCAACAAAGUUUUGCUCCAUUUUCAAGUUUUGCUCAGCCUGUACGUCCACAACAGCCACAACCUCAGCAAACGGCUUCAAAUAUCGAUGAUUUGAGCUUUGAUGACCAACAAGAUUCAUCAUCGAAUGGGGGAUUUGUAGGCAAUUCUCCACUCGGACAGAAUGGAUUUUUGGGAGCAGCGAUAGGAGUGACUAGAGCUGUAAGUCGAUUUUUAGGCGUUGCAUUGACUGGUGCUGGUCAAGUCUUACAAGGAGCAUUUUCAGGCGGCUCAUCAGCAUCGAAUCCCAACUUUGGACUUUUUGGGGGUUCACGACUUUAGAAAAAUAAUGCUCAACUAGUUAUUUAGACUAUAAAAUUUUAAAAAAAUUGUUAAUCAUAUUGAUGAAUGUCCCGAAAUAUUGUUGAUGCGUGUUUGAUGAUUCGUGUGAGCGUGCAUGAGUAAAUAGUCAGCUUAUUAAUUUAUUUAUUAUCAAUUUUUCAUUUUGCUACGAAAGAAUGAAUGGAUUAUCUAGUCUUAAAUAUGUAGUAAGUCUCGGAUUAUAAGAUUGAUGUUGGCAAUCUCCUCAGUGCCAUUUUAAGAGGAGUAAGCUGCA